UCUCUGAUUCUUACCACCACCUUCACGAUGCCUGUCCUUGCACGCUAGCAGCGUGGGCCCAACGACCCACGCUGCCUACCCCAUAGAAAUCUAUCACUUUUGUAAAAAAAAAAAAAAAAAAACGAUACCUAUUAGACGACAAAUUAUGGAUCAUCAAUCCCACAUAAUCUUGCCCACCGCAUUCUUGCCGCCUCUCGCCCGACUGAGGACCUUUUCGGGAGCGCACGUAUCGGCCUCUCUUCGCACUCUAAGAGACUUUUACUGGCCUUCGGUUCCUUCGAGGUUGACGGUUCCUGUUCGCAAAGCCAGUACCCGGAUCCAUGACCAGUCCGUACCGGAUUCGGGAUAUGCAUCGGCUGAGGAAGAUGACGAUGAUGAAGGAGGAGGAGAAGGAGGAGGAGAAGGAGGAGGAGAGGAGAGUGAUUGUUUAACCGACGAGGAGGAAGAUAUCCUGCGCGCAGAUCCUUUCGAGCGCGAGUUCGCCAUCAAGUGGACUACAGGCUUCAUAUCACGCUCCGAUGUCUGGAUCGAGGAUACACACGAUGAGGCUGAGGCAGAGACAAGACGCGAUUUGGUGGAAGAGGCUGCCCAGAUUGUUUCUGCAUUUGCAGGCGACGACAAAGAGACCGAAUGUGCUGUUACCAGGUCCUUCGAGUUCAGCGGGUCUGUCAAAGUAGAGCUGAACGAUGCUCCGCUAUCCAGCGAAGAUCACACGUCCGUAGGUCUUCAGAGCUGGGCUAGCUCAAUCGUGUUAGCGGAGAAAAUGUGCGCAUCGCCGGGAGCUUUUGGGUUGGACAUCAUGUCACGACCCUUGCGUGUCUUGGAACUAGGCGCCGGCACAGGCUUGCUGAGCAUCGUCGUUGCCAGGCUUUCAGAGGCUGGCCUUCCACCGACCAUCGUCGCUACAGACUAUCACCCAGACGUCCUCGCCAAUCUCAACGCCAACGUAGAGACCAAUUUCCCCUCGUCGUCGUCUUUAAUCCAUGUCCGUCGCUUCGACUGGGAGUCCCCGGACUUCAAUCAUCCUAUAGAUAAGCCCUUCGAUCUCAUCCUGGCCGCCGACGUGAUUUAUCAUGCUAAGCAUGCCGAAUGGAUAAAAGGAUGUGUUGAGCGCCUUCUGGCGCCGAACGGGAUAUUCUGGCUCAUCAUUCCUCUCCGCUCGACAGGCAGACACGAGGGUAUGGACCAUACGGUCGAGGCUGUCUUUCCUGAAUCCGAGACGGCGUAUGGGCUGGUAAUCUUGGACAAGGAAGCCAUCGGAAGGCAGGGAAAUGUCGGGAGAGCUGAUGAAGGAGGCUAUAAGCUCUUCAAGAUCGGUUACGAUCUCAACCCGCCUGAAGAGGUCGAGGUGCCUACGCUGGUAGAAUCCAAGCAUGCGACGUUCAACCUCAAAAGGACACCCGCGGACGGGCAGAAGGCCUAUUAUACUGCGCUAAAGGAUGCCAUACAGUUGGCAAGGAACCAGCUGGGCGAUGAACUCACGGCCUGGAGGGAUGCUGUAGGCAAGGCAGAGUUGAACAAGGAGACGAACAAAACAUUGAAAGAAGACGAGGAAGGAGAAGAGGAAGAGGAAAAAGAAAAAGAGUAG